AUGGCAGAUAGGCUUUCAUACGACCCGGUAGCGGGAAAUAACGGACACAGCUCAUCCAAUAUGGAAGGUCAGCUCUGGAGGCAGUAUCUAAUUGGGGCUGUCGCGAACAUCGCGAUUGCUUCAACUGGUUAUUCUAUGGGAUGGACCGCUCCCAUCAACACCAAGCUUACGUCAAACGGUACCGACAAUCCUUUCGGACAACCGGCUACACCGGAUGAAAUAGCAUGGAUGGGCUCACUUCUUAACAUCGGUGCUAUAUUUGGUCCUUUCAUCGGUGGUUUUGCGGCUUCUAAAAUAGGAAGGAAAUGGGGUCUACUGAGUUCUGUUAUCCCUCUGUUGAUCGGUUGGAUACUCGCGGCGGCGGCGACCAGUAUGACGUUUUUGUACGCCUGCAGGAUAUUUUGGGGUAUCGCUGUAGGCAUGCUAUUCACUAUAUCGCCAAUGUAUUGCGCUGAAAUUGCUACGGAUGACUCAAGAGGAGCUCUCGGCUCUUUCCUCCAAAUGUUCAUCACAGUCGGUUUCUUGCUGGUGUACGGUAUAGGGCCGGACGCCUCAUACGGAGUGGUCGCUUACGUUGGUAUCGCCUUCGUAGCUGUCUUCGCAGCUGCCUUCUUUUUCAUGCCUGAAACACCCACGUAUUAUCUUUUGAAAGAGGACAGGGAAGCUGCAGCGCAGUGCUUGUGCACAAUUCGUGGCAAAUCUCGGUCGGGAGUGGAGGCAGAGCUUAAUCUGAUAGCGGCUGACGUCGCCGCCUCCAUGGAAAAGACUGCGACCCUAAGUGACGUGUUCCGAGGGAGCAACUUCAAAGCCUUCUACAUCUCUUCAGCGCUGGUAUUCUUCCAGCAGUUCAGUGGAAUUAACGCAGUACUCUUCUAUAUGACGGAUAUAUUCGCAGCUUCCGGAACAGACUUGAACCCGGCGGUAGCCACCAUCAUCAUUGGUGCUGUGCAGUUAGUGGCAUCCUUCAUCACACCCUUCGUAGUGGACCGCCUCGGUCGACGGCUGCUGCUGCUGGUGUCUGCUUGCGGAACCGCUAUAGGACUUACGCUUCUGGGCACUUUCUUCCUGCUGGCAAAAAUGGAAGACCCAAUUGUGGAUAGCAUCAGUUUCCUCCCGGUGUUGUCGCUGGUGCUGUUCAUCGUGACGUACUGCUGGGGGCUCGGGCCCUUGCCGUGGGCGGUGAUGAGCGAGCUGUUCCCCAUCGAGGUGAAGGCGGUCGCGUCCCCCAUCGCGACGGCUUUCUGCUGGAUUCUGUCCUUCCUGGUUACUAAAUUCUUCCCGACCAUUUCGGACUCGAUCGGCAUGCACGUGGGCUUCUUCAUCUUCGCGGUAUGCUGCACUUGCGCCUUCUUCUUCACGCUGUUCCUGGUGCCGGAGACCAAGGGCAAGAGCUUCCAGGAGAUACAGGAAAUGUUGGGAGGGAAGCAAAAACCGGAAAAAGCG